AAGAGGGGGUCGCUGAAGAAUGCACAUAAUGCCGCUGGGCUAGCUCUAGUGAAGGGUCCAGCUGAGCCGGCUGCUUUCUCAGCAGAGCCCUGGAGCUAUGAGGAGGGAUGCAGAGGGAAGGCAUGGCGACCUGCAGGAGCGGCGGGCUGAGGGGCCUUGUCCCCCGGGUGUUCGUGUUCGCUCUGUCGCUGCUGCUGCUCCUGCAGCUCAUGGUCAGUCUGGCGGUGCUUCGUAGUUCCCCCGGACCCGCAGAGCAGCCCGUCUUCACCGUCAUUACCAUACAGGGGGCCGUGCGCCCCGGCGAGUCUGUGCGGUCAGCCGCGGCGGUGCUGAGGGGUCUGGAGAACCUGCCGGAGGACGAGUCUGCAGGACUGGCAGCUGACGAAGAGGAGACUGAGCUGAACCCACAGCAGGUCACUGAUAGAGAGGUUGUGCUUCAGCCGUGGGCAUCAGAACAGCCCUCCUUCAGCACUGAAGUGCAGCGUCUCACUCAGUUCAUCACUACACCAGAGGUGAAUUGUUCCAGGUGGCUCGGUUCAGUUGGGCCUCAGUCUGCACUGGAAAGUUCUGACACUCUGUGCAUGGACUACUGGACCAGUGGCAAUCCUUGUGUGGCUUACUCCUUCAGUCUGGAUGGAAAGGAUGCAGUGUUUCUGGACUCCACGCUGAGCCUGGGGUUUGAGGUGCAUCGUUUUGACCCCAGCAGAAGGCUCAGGCACAGUGGUGGGUCUGGAUUAGGAUCCAUUCAGCACCAUCAAGCCUGGCUGGACUGGAGACGCCCCCACGCUCGUCCUCACAGGGGGGUUCUGGGUACUGUGCCUCGCAGGCUGGCGGACAUCAUGGCCUCCCUGGGCCACAGAACGGUGGAUGUUGUGCGAGCGGAUCUUGAGAGUGCAGAGUGGCGUGUGUUGGAGAGUUGGGUUCAGGAUGGAACUCUCGGAAAGAUCAAUCAGCUCAUCCUGACAGUUCACCUCCAGUGGGCGGGGUUUGAAGUUGGUGGCACUGAAGUGGAAGUAGUCCGGUUCUGGUACAGCAUACUGAAGGCUCUCCACAACUCAGGACUCCACCUCGCUCACUCGACUUACGGACCAGGACAUACAGUACUGAGACAUGAACUUCCCGGCACACACAGCUCAUACACACUCAGCUGGGUCAGGACCAGAGAGCACCUCUAACCUGUGCUUAUAAACUGUAAAACCUCUGAUUGCUUAUUGGAACUAUGGGAGCUAUGAUGUCUUGAUCAUUUCUGCACCAGAGGAAUGAUGGUCUUAUUAGACAUGUGUUAAAUGAAGGUAUGCUGUAAGACUUUCUGUGUGGAUAAUAUGAAGACAAAAUUGAAUGUAUUCAAAGACCAAAAGAUUUUAUGGUGACUGCUGGAGAUUAACAGUGCAUUCAGUAAUAAAAUGCACUUUAUUUCCUUAUUCGGUUGUGGUACAAUCAUUUCUAAAGUGUUUUUUAUAUUCACAUUCUAUAAAGGUUUGAACAUUAUUUUUUUAACUGUAAUAUCACAUUUGGGCAAGUGAUCAUUUUUAUGACAUUUAAAUUUGAGUUUAGGUUCAUCCUAUUUUCACUAAUCAUACUUGAUAUGCAUCUACAACUUAAUUUAUGUGAUGUGCAAUGAAAUACACUAUGUAUUUUCUUAGGUUUUAUUAUCGUUAUCUUUAUAAUCAAUACCACUGUUUUUGGAGCUGCUACCCCUUCUACAGUUCAAGAUAGUUGCAUUGGUUUAACUCUGACACAAAUGUCCUGAUCUGAAAUUCUGUGCUUGUAUACAGCUUUUGUGUAAUGCAGUGAAAUGUGUUUAUAAACCUUUAACCUAAUUUUUUUACUUCUCUA